AACCAGAAACAUAGAAGCUGAAAAGGAACCGAAAAAUAUUUUUUAAAAACAGUUUCGUUUGAGACAUCAAGCUGACUGCAUGUCUUUUGGGAGACGAGUUCGCAGUAGAGUGGAUUUUUUUGAAUGUGGCUAGAUUUUCUCUAGCAUCGUAAGCGUCUUACAAUAAAAGAACAUACACUGAAGAAUAAUGUGCGUGUAUAGUGCGUGAAAAUACCCUUUCAAACUACAAGCCGUUUUCAAAACCAGCAAAUCGCACUCUCACAACAUUACUUUAACCAACGUUUAGCGAUAUCAAGAAGCCAGGACUUUGCCACAUUUCGUUUCAGUGUGUAUUUGUUUACCAGGUGUAGUGCAUAUGUGUGGUGUUUUUCCAACUUCUUAAAAAAAUAUUGUGAUUUGUUUACUUCUGUGCUUUUUUCUUGACAUAACAUGUGAGGUUGCAGUGGUUAUUGCUCUUCAAGCCAUUCAGAUUAGUUUCCUGAAUAAUACUUAAGUACGAGUACAAAGUUCAACCUUACAUCAUUAUUUAAGUGUGUUUAACAAUCAACUGUUACUGAUCAUAAACAACUAUCAAACUAAUUAUUUAAUGCCUCGGUAGAAAGCGGUGCUUUCUCGAGUAAACGCAAAAUAAAUAUCAACAUUAACGACAAAAGCAGCAAUAUCAUUGUACAAUCACGUUCUCCAGUAUAACAUCAGCAUCAUCCAAUGCAUCUACCGGCGGCUACUAGCAGCGACUGCCAAAGCCCAUCGAUGCCAACCACAAUCAAUGACAUGUUUGCUAAUCUGCACGAGAUGCUUCAGGAGUAUCACGGCGAGCUUGUGCAAACAGGAUCACCCGCAGUUCUCUGCUCAGCUUUGCCAACGCACUGGCGUUCCAACAAGAGCUUACCAUGUGCGUUUAAGGUGAUUGCACUAGAUGAUAUCCAAGAUGGCACGCUCGUGACUAUAAAAGCCGGCAAUGAUGAGAACUUCCACGCUGAGCUUCGUAACGCUACUGCCGUUAUGAAGAACCAGGUGGCAAAAUUCAACGAUCUUCGAUUCGUCGGGCGAUCUGGGCGCGGAAAGUCGUUCUCGAUCACCAUAACAAUUAGCUCGUACCCUUGCCAGAUUGCUACCUAUACAAAAGCGAUUAAGGUGACGGUAGAUGGACCACGCGAGCCCCGAUCCAAGCAAAAUUUCACCUACGGUCACCCAGGACCAUUUAAUCCUUUCAUUCUGAAUGCGGGCUGGCUUGAUGCGGCUUACAUGAACUACGCAUGGUCCGACUACUUUCGUCAACACCAACAGCAGCAAGUGAUGCAGGUGCCACCAUCAUCAGCUGGUCCUCUACCGGCAUCUGUUGGAUGCCACGACAAAGUUAGCAACGGUACUAUAAGUAACGGACAUAUAAUAAGCAGUACCACUACUGCUGCCGGCAUCGCCGAACCAGCGAAAGAUAUUGUGCCAGUUCGCACAUCAUCCAGCCAAUCAGUGCCUGCCCCGACCAUGGCGCCGGGUAUCAAUCCACCAUCAAAAGGUCUGCCUAGUCCAGCAUUACUAGCGAGUCCCACCUCCACGUACCCACCAAGAGCCAUUUCUUCUCUUGAAAUCCACUCGGAUCCGCAGCUGGUUAAGCCACCCUUUUUGCCUUAUGACAUAGCCGGUUUUCGAUCCACAGCAGCGGCUGCAGCAGCAGCGGCAGCUGCAGCGGCCACAAACGGAAUACUUCGCCCUGCAGAGCUAUCCACCACUAUCGCACUCCACCAGUCGACGAAUAUCGAUUCAGCUUCGUCGCGCCUUUCUCCAGCCUCUUCGCGCAAUUCUAACAACAGUCCACCUCCUGUGCUGUCUACAGCGGCUGCAGCAGUUGCUGUAGCUGCAGCAGCAGCUGUCUCACUCCCACAGGCCCUGCUCCAUACGGCCCCAAAGGGAAUCAUUGAUUCUGCACAAAACCAGUACCAUGUUCAUCAUCACAAUCACGAGUCCAAAUUGGUGGAUCUAAGACCUAGUUCAACCCUUGGUCAACCGCUCCACUUACCAGAUGGAUCGGCACUUGGAGUCAGCAGCAGCAGCAUUGGCAACGAUACUAGUAACGGUGAUCUAUCGUCCGCCAAUGAAGAUGAAUCGGACGACGAACAGAUCGAUGUGGUAAAAUCAGCGUUCAUACCGAUACUACGGCCACCAGCGGCACUGUCAUCUGAAACAACCGUCUCCGGAAGUUCUAAUACUCGUGAAAAUUCUCCCGACAUAAGUUACCUAGACGCAACCGUAGUGCAAAAGCCAGAGACACCGGACUCGACUACAGCUUUUACCACUGAGGCAAACUCUCCAGCUCGUUAUGGGCUUAGAUGUGAUUUCAAGGCACAAUCCACAAAAAAACAAAUCCUUCACGAGUCCGGAACGGGGAUUGUUUGCAUAAAACAGUCACUUCCUACUGCGCAGUUAGAAUCUCCGGAACGUACCAAGUUGCGAUCUCCUAAUCUGAUCAAGCAGACGCAGAAGACGGUGUGGCGACCUUACUGAAACCAAUGGGAAGGCGCUGUAGCGCUAAUGAUGUACCGAAGAUAUCGACUUACAUCUGCUAAACAUUUGAUCUCGGGGAACGAACUGUGCAGAUGUUUAUUGUAAUGCACAUACAUCCCCCACUAAUAACGGACCUUGUAAAAUUUAAAUGGUGAUAUUAACGUAAAAUAAAAAAGAAAUGGUGUUGCAAGAACAUAAGCAGUUAAUUGCAUAACAAAAAAUACAGGUAUGAGGAGUAAGAGAAAGAGUUAUGUAUACAAAUGGAAAAGUAACGAGAAGAAAAAAAAAACGAAAUUGAACUAAUUUGCAAAACCAUAUGAUAUGCAACCAUAUGCAGAGGUAUAUGACUCAUUUCCAAGUUUGUUUAGCUCCUCUCGGUUGAUUUCGUAAGAGUAACUACGUUUAGCCUCACUAACAGAACAACUGCAUCAGUUGUCUUCGGAAUAAAAUAUCUUUUGCGACAAAGUUUGCACUUGAUAUCGAAAUCGCUGCCUGAUAGAACAGCAUAAAAGUUUACGAUGGAUAGCACACAUUUGACUAUAAAUAAAGACCAAGGAAAUGGUGUUGUAAUGGUAUAGGCUAUAUAAGCAUUUGUACACAGGCACUAAGAAGUUUUUAACAAGUUUCACUUAACAUAGUUGUUGAAAGUUACGAAUAAUUUGUCUUAUUAUUUGUCCUAAUUAUUGGGUUUUAUGCAUUACUUUGAAUACUUAGACACGUUGGUCAAAUUAUUCUCUCAAGUCAGGAUAUCUUGGGCAAAAUAUCUUGGGCAGCGAAUUUGAUAUCAAGUACGAAUCUAGUCUUACGCUGUUUCCAGGCAAGUCGAUGUGAAAAUAGCUAGCGAAACUUCACAUACAAAAAUAGGAUUAUAUUUCUAGCACUUUUGUACGUGAAGUUUCAUAUACGAAUUUUGAAAACGCGUUGCUCUCAAGUUAAUGGUUGUUAUGACAGAAAAAUUAACUAAUCAUCUUUCUACACUUGCCAAUUGGCAUCAGCAAACCCAUCGAACUCAUGUCGAAAUUGUGUAAAUUUGGAUGGGUUCAACGGGUUUGAUGUGUCAAUGUUUAUCUGAAGUUCAAAAUGCUAAGCGUUCGAAAGAGCAAAUGUAAACAUGUGGUAAGAAUCGCUAUAUUUUCCCUUGAAAUACCGUAAUAGAGAGAUGGGACGGAUUAUUAAAAAUAAAAUAAUUUCUGUUUUUUCGUCUUUCCUAAACUCAGACCGAGAGCCCCUUAA